AUGGAAACAACCUCGAUGCCGAGCAUCUCAAAUGAAGAAGAGUUCCCUUGGAAGACACCCGAGACAACGUUUCGCCACGCAGCUGACACCAGAGAGGUCAAAGUUCCUGGUUUCUUUUCACAUUACAAACUUCUUUUAUGGAAGACCUUUGUUCUCCGCAAGCGUCAACCCUGGGUGAUUGUAAGCGAACUGGUGCUUCCUCUUGUCCUUGUCAUCGCUGUUGUGGCAUUGAGGUUUACCGAGGUGCCUGAAGUCUAUCCACCUUGUUACCUCGUGUCUCAGCCCCUUCCAAGCAUGGGUUUUCUGGCCUACAUGCGCAGCAUUGUCUGCAAUUUUAACUUUUCCUGCAGUUCUCAUGACGUUGACGACCAAAGUCGUGCCAAUUUAUUUCCCUCGUGGAUGCAAUUAAUUGCAAAGCAGCCCCCUCAGAUGCUUGAUAGUGCCUUGAACCUCAUUAGCUCUCUUGCGAUGGAGGACGAAAAAGAGUCUACGGAUCCCGUUGUCACCCUCAUUGACAUUCUUUGUAAACCGGAGGUUGCAGUACUUCUGCGUUCCAGCCCUCAUUCAGAUAGGGUGUACUACUUGGAAAAGUUGUGCAAAGCUCCAAAUUUUAUCAAAGUGCUUUCAUUGACGACAGUAGUUGAGGAGGUGGCGCAAAGUCUUGGAACCCUUGUGCCUGACAAGAAAGCACUCAGGCAGAAUUCAGGAACACAAGGACUGAAUGUUAGUCUACUGGUUGAGCAG